GUACUAUCCAUAUGUAUUUUCACAAUAAUAUCAUUUUUCUUGACCUACGUGCGAACCGUGAUUACAUAAAAAAUGAAAGUAGUUAAGUGGACCAUCUUUAACGAGAACUUUUUCGAAAUACUGUCGCGACUCAACCAGAUACUGACAUUCAAAUACUAUUCACACUCUUCUUCCGCCCCCCUUCAAAGUGGUGUGUUACCGUUUUGGCGCAUAUAAAAACUCCAGAAGCACCAUCAAACGGUAUCAGUUUUCUGCUAUCUCAUCUUCAGCUAAGCAUCAUGAAAACCACUGCCUUCAUCCUUCUUCUGGGCAUAUCCGCCGCCCUUGCAGGAGAAAAGAAGACCACAAAGCGUGGUGUCUUUGGAGAAUCUGUAGCCUUGGGUGUAGGGAGCGCCUUAGGUGGAGGCAGUAUCAUUUCGUCUAAUUCCCUGGACUCUCAUGCCUUAUUAUCAAGUGGACUCAGCUCUGGACUCAGUCUAGACGGUGGACUCAACAGUAUCUCUCUUGGAUCUGGACUGUCUGGACUUUCUGGACUCUCUGGAGUUUCUGGAAUCUCUGGUCUUUCAAGCGGUGCUAUCUUGAGCUCUGGUGGUGCUGCUGUUAUCUCUCAACCAUCCAUCUCAUUGGGACAGAAUACUCACACCACCAUCACUAGGAACAUUGGAGUGCCAAUUCCUCAACCUUACCCAGUCACCGUUACCAGAAACGUACCAGUACCUGUGCCACAUGCUGUCCCAGUUCCAGUAGACCGUCCCUAUCCCGUCCAUGUCCCAAGACCUUACCCUGUUCAUGUCGACAGGCCCGUUCCAUACCCAGUUGACAAACCAGUGCCAUACCCAGUAAAAGUUGCUGUCAAAGUACCAGUACCUCACCCAGUCCCAUACCCAGUAGACAGGCCUUACCCAGUACCAGUCUACAAGAAAGUUGCAGUCCCUGUACCUCAUCCAGUCUACAUCAAGAAACAAGUACCUGUCGUAGUCAAGACCAUCACUGAACCCCUUAACUACGGAUAUGGAUGGUGAUUGAGUUGACCACCUGUGAUAAGGCUUUUUUUUCAUUAAAUUCAUUUCCCUCAUAAAAUUGCUAGUCCAUGUAUAUUAA